CAAGAAGUUUACAGUAUACAAAUACAACAAUAUUAGUUGCAAAGAGUAAAAGUUUCUACUCACCACUACAGGUGUUCUAGUGCAAACUGCUGUUAACAGGCUGCAAGUUGCAACUAUUCUUAUCUCAAGAAAGUCACGAAUUACCACCUCUCUUAUUUGCAAGAACAAUUUACACAUCUCCUCAAGUGUCAAGAAUGGGUUCUCAACUAAGCAUGCAUAUCCUUCACAGCAGAAACAAGGACGUGCUCUAUUCUGCAACACAAACCAAGGCACCGAAGAAGUCCAAGUCGAUGGCAUCCGACGUCAAAACAAAACUAGCUGAAGAUAUGCGUCGCAUUACCAAUGCUGCAUCUCGCUGGAAGAUUAGUAGAAAGAAGGACAAAGUUACUCAAACUGUGACCAAGGAUACAGAGCCUAUCAAGAACUCCUUCAAAAUGAGCCCACCAGCUUCAGAAACUAAGACCAGCUCUCCAGCACCUGAGACAAAACUAGCUGAGCAGAAAGUCACAACACAUACAGCUGCUCCUUCCCCAAGACCUGAACUAUUAUUACCGAACAAGGUACAACCUCAGAAGCAAACUAAAGGACUCCCUCAACACAUAGUGGCUGCUACCCGAGUAUCAGAAAGAAAAUGGACUCUCUCUGAUCUGCUUCACAACCUUGGAGCCUACGUUCAGAGCCAUUGUCAACAUCUUCACCAUGUGCCUACCCCGAAUGAAGUCGCCAUGUGGGUGCGAUGUGCAGAUCGAGCUCUUCAGCUGAAUGGAUGGACAAUCAAUUCAUUUCUCCUCGAAUCACAUGUCGUAUUUUCCUACAUGCUCAUCGCUUCGGCUAUCAGACAAGGAUAUGAACUAUACACACUCACUGACGUGAAGGAACUGGUACUGAUGUGCUUGUAUGUAUCGUACACCUACAAUGCUAACGAAAUCAGCUAUCCACUUCGACCAUUUCUAGUGAAGCAAGACAGAGCAGCAUUCUGGGACAAGUGCACAUCAGUCAGUCUAAGUGCCUCAAGCAACAUGCUCAGAUUAAACAGAGAUCGAUCGUACUACAGCGAUGUACUCACAUCACUAAAAAGAGUCACCUCAAUAUAAAUCAUCCCCCUCCACUUUAGUCCCCUUCUAUACAUGACAGACAGAAAACGUUUCAAGCUCGCUUUUAAUCACGGACAAUUACAGGUCAAACACUGGUAUCAUUUAGCUGCACAAUUGUUUUGGCACUUCAAUUCAUUAUUUUUUUGUGUUAUUUAAUAAUCAUCUUUCAGAGGAUGGAAAUCUGUGAUUUGUGUAUUUACUGUCAGUUUGUGUCUCAUUUCUGUGUUUUUCUGUUAACCUCAUUAUAUAGUGUGUGAUGCUGUUUAUCACUGCAUUAUUGACAAGUUGUAUGUUCACACGUACAAGGCGAAAAGAAUUAAUUCAACACCUGAAAA